AUGAAUUGUGAUAAGUCUAUACUCAAAGAACUAAUUUAAACUAAUAUUAUUUUGAUUGAAGAAGCCAAAGAAUCUAAUCUAUAGAACUUUAAUAAUUCAAAGAUGUGGAUCAAAAAAUCAUUUAAUAAUUUGUUUAAUCUACUUCCAAAAGAAACUUUAGAAAUGGAUAUUAAUCAAUUACUUACAGUAUCAGAAUAAGAAGAAUUGAUUAAAGAACCUCAACUUUCUAUAGACUUUUUUAAAAAUAAGUUCUAAAGAGAAAUAGAUGAUCAAGAUUGGGAAGAUGAAGUGGAAACACACUUAACCCCACCAAAAAAGUAAAUUGAAUUUUUCAUAAACAAUAAGAUUAAUACCUCAAACUCGAACUUUAUAAUCCAGUAAUAUGGGAUUUAGAAAGAAGCCUGCCACAAAUAUAUAAUCAUCUUAAAAAAAGCUUCUUUCUAGUGCAAUUCACAAUAAAUACAAAAGAAAAAUAAUUUGA